AUGUCGAGCUCGACACUCCCUACAUCGCGCGACUUCGUGACGCAAUUGUUGAACUCGUUGCCUUUGCCUCCGCAACACGACGCAAAUGCAUUUUCGCUCAACGAUGCGCCGGAUUCGAUAAAGAAGCAGCUUCUCUCCCUGCAGGUCCUGUUCCCAAAUGAGUUCCUCCCAGCACUAGACCUGCUGGACCGAAAGCUCAUCACUCGCUUUCUCAUCGGCAAUGCCGCACCACUGCCUACUACCAGCACAAACACGCCACGUGUAAAUGUGCAGAUGCAGGCUAGCGACACGCUGUCAAACAACGCUGGCAAUCUUAUGAUCCCCGACCUACCAAAACCGCUACCACCACAACAAGAUACGUUAAAUCUCAGCGACACUGUCCACUACGUCCGCUCCGCCCAGCAACGCUCCUCCCGCUACAGCACCUCGUACGACAGCACCACGUCCUACGAGGUGCGGCUGCAAGCAUGGAACUGCACAUGUCCCGCAUUUGCCUUUGCUGCGUUUCCAUCUGUCCUUUCUGAACCGCCAGUGUUCACAUACAAACCAACAUCUGCUUCGAUCGGCAGCAGAGAGGUUCACGAACCGAGCAGGGACGCUGUGGAGAGUGAGGCCAUGAAGUGGGUUUUUGGUGGCGUUAGUCUGGGCCUGGGUAUGCCUCCGGUGUGUAAGCACCUACUGGCUUGCGUGUUGGCGGAGCGAUGUAGCGGCGUGUUUGGAGAGUGCGUGGAGGAAAGGAGGGUCAGCGUCGAGACGGCGGCUGGGUGGGCUGCGGGCUGGGGAGGUUCAUGA